AUGCCGCCGCACAUGAUGGGCACGACGCAGAUACCCAGUUGGUCGCACGCCAGCCCGCACCCCGGGACGAAGGGGUCAUUGAUGCACUCGAAGCUCGCCGGGCACGGCUUCGGCGUCGCCCGGAGCCCGCCGCAGGCCUCGUACGAGUUGGUCUUGGCCGGCCGCAGCGAGAUUGUGCGCGUGACGGCGGGGCGCGACGUCACUGUGGAAGGGAGCGCCGACGAUGCGGACGACGUAGAGGAUACCGACGGCGCUGAAGUCGCUGAGGAUUCUGAAGACGUUGGAGAUGCCGGGGAAGCUGAAGACGAAGGGGACGAAGAGGCCGGCUGCGUGAUGGAGAUGAGCGUCGUCGGUACGGUGUCAGGGAUUGAGAGAAAGGACGUGACGGCAGGUUCUGCAGAGGUCGCGGCGGCGAGGGUCGACGCGCCGAGGACGGCGAGAAUACUAGAGACGAGCAUUGCGAACUGCUGGUUCUUGACUCUGGCGGAUCCUGGUUCCUGGAGUAUGAAUCCUAGGUGA